UAUGAUUUAAGCAAUUCAACGAAUAGGGACUUUGAAUUUAAGAAAAUCAAAAAAGAAAUAAAUUUAAAACAACUACAGGACCCUUUGGUGUAUUCUAAGAAUAUUAGAAAAAUAAAUAAAACUGAGGAUUUACAUUUCUUAGAUAGCUUUAAGAAAAAGGGAGAGUUUAUAAGAAGAUAGUAUCAAAUAAUCAAAAGUAUUAAGGAUAUUGAGAUUAGAAAAUAUAAGUAGCUUAUUUUAAAGAUACUUGAAAAUAAGCUGAAAUACCUAGUAAAUACCAAUAAACAUAGAUAUUAAUUACUUAAACUUUUAGUCUAUAAAAGCAAAAGUCUAUUAGUCUAAUAUCAUUAUUUAGAU